AUGGAUUCAGAUGAGAAUAAUAAUUCAAAAGUUUCUAUACAAACUAUAUUGGAAAAUAGUUUGGCAUCAUUGGACAAUGGAAAAUAUGGUAUUUGUUUUCCUUCAUGUGUAAGUGCAAUGACAGCGGUAUUUUCAUUGCUCAAGGUUGGUGAUCAUAUAAUCUGUGGAGAUGAUAUUUUCGGUGGAACAUGUAAUUUACUUCGAAAAGUAUUUCCACAGUUUAAAAUCGAUGUGGACUUUAUUGAUAUGACGGAUACGUUAAAUGUUGAAAAUGCAAUUAAACCAAAUACUAAGCUAAUAUUUUACGAGACUCCAACUAAUCCAACAUUAAAAGUAACGGAUAUUCAUAAAAUAGCUAAAAUAGCCAAAUCGAAAAAUCUAAUACAUGUCGUAGAAAAUACAUUCUUAACAAGUUACUUUCAAAAGCCGUUAAAUUUGGGCGCCGAUAUUGUCUUGUAUUCGUUAACAAAAUAUAUGAAUGGACAUUCAGAUGUUUUUAUGGGUGCUAUUGUUACAAAUUCUGAUGGAUUGUAUAAACAAUUGAAAUUACGACAAGAUUGUAUGGGGAUUAAUCCAUCAUCUUUGGAUUGUCAUCUAGUUUUUCAAAGUCUAAAAACGUUGCCGUUACGUAUGCGGCAACAUAUGUUUAAUGGGCAAAGGGUUGCUGAAUUUUUAGACACUCAUUCUUCGGUCCAAAAAGUUUUGUACACAGGUCUAUCUUCUCACCCCCAAUACGAGUUAUCGAAGAAACAAACAUCUGGACAUUGUGGGAUAGUAUCAUUUUAUAUUAAAGGAAGCAAAGAGGAAUCAACAAAAUUUUUAAAAUCAUUAAAAUUAAUCCAGAUUGCUGUAAGUUUUGGUGGAUAUGAAAGUAUUAUACAACUUCCGAAAUAUUGUACAUCCAAUCCAGUACCAGAAACUCGACGAGCGAAAUUGGGUAUAAAUGAUAGCCUAUUACGAUUAUCAGUAGGUUUAGAGAAUGUGGAUGACUUAAUUAUUGACUUAAAUCAGGCAUUAAAUUCAAUAAAUUUGUAA